GGGGGACUCGUCUGGAUUUUGGUUGCCUCCUCCAAUGUUCCUCUACCUCUGCUGCAAGGAUGGGUCAUGUUCGUGUCCGUGACCGCUUUUAUCUUUUCCCUCAUCUUCCUUGGCGUGUUCCUCUCUGGCAUGGUGACUCAGAUUGAUGCCAAUUGGAACUUCCUGGAUUUUGCUUACCAUUUUACAGUGUUUGUCUUCUACUUUGGAGCCUUUUUACUGGAGGCAGCAACCACAUCCCUGCACGACCUGCACUGCAAUAGAACCAUGGAUCUGCAGCCGCUCUUGAGUGAUAACCAAUAUAACAUAAACGUAGCAGCCACAAUUUUUGCCUUUGUGACGACAGCUUGUUAUGGUUGCAGUUUGGGUUUGGCUUUACGAAGAUGGCGACCGUAACACUCCUUAGAAACUAACUGCCUGUGUGUUAGUUUCAUUUGUCUACUUUAUAUGUCUGAUCAAUUUGGAUACCAUUUUAUCCAGAUAUAACAACAUUCCAAAAGUAAUUUGUUUAGUAUAUGUAGAGAAUCUAAGUACAAGCUUUGGUUCAUUUCAUGGAUGGAAUUUUAAUUUUAUUAUGAUGUUAAGCAGAGAAAUGGCCUUUAAUUUUACAUCUGUCUCUUUCUUUCUUUUUUUUUCUUUGAAAGAAAAUUUCCCUUUAUAGCCAUAAAAUAUACAGAUAUUGUUCAUAAGAAAGGGGUAUCUCUUUGGUUUAGUUGCUGCGUCACCUGAAUUUUAAUUUUAAUAGGUAACUAAAAUUCCCUAAAAAAAAAAACACAUUUCAAAUAGGCUUCCCGCUGAACUCUAUCUUUUAGUAUAAAACAGAGAUUGGCACCUUUUUUCUAUAAAGGUCCAAAUGGUAAAUAUUUUAGGCCUUGUGGGCCAUACAGUUUCUGUUGCAACUACUGAGCUCAGCUGUCACUGUAUGAAAGCAGCCAUAGACAAUACGUAAAUGAAUGAGUGUAGCUGUGUUCUAAUAAAACUUUAUUUACAAAAACAAGCAGCAGGCUGGAUUUGGCCUGUGGGCUGCAUGCUAAUGUUUGCCGACCUGUAAUGUAAAGCCUCAGUUAUGUGUUCUGUAUUUUAUUGAAAUCCUGAAAAGUAUAAAGUUAAUUAGACAAGCCACAUAAUUAUGCAAUAAUCACAUGACCUUUGUGUUAAUGAUCAAAUACUUCCCCUAGAAAGGGUGUAUAGUUUCUCAAGCUAAUUCAAGCAGAAUGUUGGAUACAGAAAAAAGUAAUUUAUGAAGUGAACCCUAGUUGCUUAAUCAAACUAAAGGUCUCCUAGUAACUGAGCAAAACUCUCAUCUGGCAUCCUUAAAGUGAGAUCUCUAGAGACCAUUAACCACUACUGGAACUGGUAUCUAACUACUUAUGUCUUACUUUGGAUUUAUUUAUGCUUCAGGAUAUAGCUGUUUGCCCUGUGCAUGAAUAUAUGAAUAUUUGUGUGUGGAUAUGUGAGGUUUUACCAAAUAGAGCUCUUUGAAGAAUUAACUUUUUACUUCUAAUUAUUUUACAUUACUUUCUGAGUUACAUUUGAAUAGAGUAUUGAAUAGAACUUAAAGUUGUAGAUUCUUACAUGUUUUGAUAAUAGCCCUGACGUAAAAGCCGUGACAUCUAUGUUGUUUUUCAUUGGUGACAGAGACACAAAAUCAGUUUUAAAACAACAGUCAUCACAAAAACUGUCUCUAGGUGAAUAGCACAGAAAAGUAUUUUAACCCACCUGUAGAGACCUUGGUCAUGGAAAGGUGCCAAAAUGAAUCAGAGAACAAGUUAUUGUUAGUCCCCAGCUCCCACCAUGCUGUCCAAGCAAUGUACUUAUCUCUUGCCCCAGGAGGGCUACUUCUGGGAAAAGAGGGCUUUCAAUCGUUCCAUACUUUCAGCCCUUUGUUUUUUUCACUGAAUCAUCCCCUAAGAGUGCCAUGUAUAAAUUGGGCUAUUAGAUCUCAUGGAACGUAGAACAAUCCUGAACGAAUAGCAUGAUCAAUGCUCAGUGAUCAAAUGCUAUUUAUGUAAUAAUCCCCUAGAAAGAAGAAUCUUAUUAGAGUUUGGUUUGUGAUGUAAUUAUAAAGAUAAAAGACAUGUUUUGAUUUGUGACAAUAGGAAAUCAGUCUUAUGACUUUAUACUCACAUCAUAUCUUCUCUGUAAUAUCCAACUUCUUUUUCUAUAAUAUCCAGCUCCAUACCACACGCUUAAACCUGUAUUAUGAAUUGUAUAUUACAAAGUCAUAAAUGUGCCAUAAGGAUAUAUAGUCCAUUCUAGUUGGAAUCGUUUAAAGUUAGUCUGCUAGAUUUAGUUUUGAGAUUGUAUUUUUGUUUCCAAGGGGUAACAGGUCCACGCUUGGUGGCAUUAAAUUAAAUGAUUUCAUGAAACUGCUUUGGUGGCACUUUUGUAAAUGGAUUGCUUUUAGAUCAUUAAGAACCAAGCCUAAAACUCAUCUAACUGUGAAUACUUAGAUUUGUAGAUUAAUCGCACUCUAGAUUUGUGAGUUGAGUGACAAAGCACUUGAACAAAAAUUAUGGCAUUCGAGGAUUUCUUUAUAUAUCUUAGCUGUAAAAAUGUUGGUUGGUUUUAAAAUCUGGUAACUCCAUGAUGAAAAGGAAUUUAUUUUAUAAGUGUUAUGACUCUUAAUAAAGUAUUCAUUUGAUAA